UUUGUGAACUCCCCUGCGGUCUGCUUAAGGUUGUAAUCUACCAUGCUCCAGCCUCGGCUACUCGCUACACUCAGGAAUGCAUCAUCAAAGGAUGUAGACACCAGUCGUCUCUUGUGUUGAUUUUGAUUCUGGGUGAACGGUUUUGAUUGUUUGAUGGGAAUCCUGUCAGAAUCAGGCUCAUGGCGUUUGGAACUGGAAAUGCUCUCAACGCGCUUUUUGGAACGGACAGUUCAAACCGCGCGUGUAUAUAGUAAAUUCUUCAGUAGUUUACGAAUAGAAUUUUCACUGUACUAAUAUGUACAUAUUCUGACUUUCCUUUUUGCCACAAACGGGCGAAAAAAAUCUGUCGGGAUCGAGCGUGAGUUUGCUCUGUGUGUAGCCUACUACUUUUACUUCAACGAACGACAACAUCAGACUGGAUAUUGAUGGAGCUGGAGAAUAUUGUGGCUAAUACGGUACUGCUAAAGGCAAGAGAGGGAGGAGGAGGGAAGAGGAAAGGCCGCAGUAAGAAAUGGAAGGAGAUCCUGCGCUUCCCCCACAUCAGCCAGUGCACUGAGGUGGGCAACAGCAUCGACCGAGACUACUUGAGCCUCUGUGAGAAGCAGCCCAUAGGCCGCCUGCUGUUCCGCUUGUACUGUGAGACGAGACCUGAGCUACAGCAAUGUAUUCAGCUGCUGGAUGCAAUGGAAGACUACGAGGUGACGCCAGACGAGAAGAGGAAGAGCCGAGGCGACCAGAUCAUACGGAAGUUUCUCUCUAAGCAGUCCCCCCAGUGUGUACUUGUGGUGGAGAGUUUUGCCCAGCAGUGCCAAGAGAACCUGGACCUUAGCCCCUGCAAAGAGAUCUUCUGUGACUGUCGCAAGGCUCUUCAUGACUACCUGAGUGGUGGUCCUUUCUCCGACUACCAGAACAGCAUGUACUUCGACCGCUUCGUGCAGUGGAAGAUGCUGGAGAGGCAAUCAAUCACUAAAGACACAUUUCGACAGUACCGUGUGCUGGGAAAAGGAGGCUUUGGUGAGGUAUGUGCAUGUCAGGUGCGAGCCACGGGGAAGAUGUAUGCCUGCAAGAAGCUGGAGAAGAAGCGGAUUAAGAAGAGGAAGGGCGAGUCCAUGGCCCUCAAUGAGAAACAGAUCCUGGAGAAAGUCAACAGCAGAUUUGUGGUGAGCUUAGCGUACGCCUAUGAGACCAAAGAUGCGCUGUGCCUGGUGCUGACAAUCAUGAAUGGAGGUGACCUGAAGUUCCACAUCUACAACAUGGGCACGCCAGGGUUCGACAGAGAUCGUGUACAGUUGUAUGCAGCAGAGAUCUGCUGUGGCCUGGAACACCUGCACCGAGAGAGCAUCGUCUACAGGGAUUUAAAACCAGAGAAUAUUCUUUUAGAUGACAAUGGCCACCUCAGAAUAUCUGACUUGGGAUUGGCUAUCAAGCUGGUGAAUGGCGAGCCAAUCAGAGGCCGUGUAGGCACAGUGGGAUACAUGGCCCCAGAGGUCAUCAACAACGAGAAGUACACCAUGAGCCCGGACUGGUGGGGCCUGGGCUGCCUGGUCUACGAGAUGACCGCCGGCCGCUCGCCGUUCCGCGCCCGCAAGGAGCGGGUGAAGCGCGAGGAGGUGGAGAAGAGGGUGCUGGAGGAGGAGGAGGAGUACAGCGAUAAGUUCACCGAGGACACCAAAGCCAUCUGCAGGAUGCUGCUGACCAAAGACCCCAAGCAAAGGUUGGGGUGUCAGUCCGACGGGGGAGCGUCAGUCAAAGCGCACCACUUCUUCAAGUGCAUCAACUUUAAGAGGCUGGAGGCCGGCAUUGUUGAUCCUUCCUUUGUGCCUGAUCCCAGGGCUGUAUACUGUAAAGAUGUCCUCGACAUUGAGCAGUUCUCCACGGUUAAAGGCGUGAACCUGGACCAAACAGACAAUGACUUCUACUUCAAAUUUGCUACUGGCAGCGUGUCCAUCCCCUGGCAGAAUGAGAUGAUAGAAACAGAGGUCUUCAGUGACCUGAAUGUGUUUGGGCUAGACGGUGUCCGUCCUCCAGACCUGGACUGGAACCAGCCUCCAGAACCUCCCCGCCGCAGGCUACUGGACCGGAUCUUCAGGAGACAUGUGAGCACCCAGAGGUGUCCAUCGCCAACAUCAGAGUCUCGUCUUCCAGUGUGAACUCUGUGGACUCCAUGUCAAACUCUGCCCCCUAGUGGCGGGAGGCCAGCGGAGUGAGACGGAGAGCAUGACAGAGACAGACCGACAGAGAGAGAGAGAGAGAGCGAGGCGGAGGACAGAAGGACUGAAUUUCAGCAGACUGUUCUCAUCUGUCACUGAGCUGGGGUUUGCCAGAAUUCUCCGAUCAACCAACCAACCAACCAAUCAACUACCAUACCAACGGGCUUGGCAUUUGCCAGGUGCACAGACAGACAUACAUGCGCACACACACACACACACCCAGACCUCGGUUGAACUGUUUGAGACGCUUUUCAUGAAACAAAUAAGAUUAAACACAAUUUUAGGAGGAAAUAUUUCAGUACCCAACACCCUCAUUCUGCACACACACACACACACACACACACAUACAUACACAAUCUUACACAGAAAGAGAGACCCCACUGCCCACACAAUCAAAUACACACACACACACACACACACACGGAGACAGAGACACAAGCCCUCAGGAUGCUGGUGGUGUGGCACUGACCUCAAACAAAUAUGAAAGAAGACACCGAAAGUGGACACUGGAGAGGUCUUCUGUCCGCACCAUCCCACAGAACAAGAGGAGAGUGUGGUUAUGAUUUUUGGUCUCCUUUGAAUGCUUUUGUUUUAAUGUGUAAACAAAUUCAACUCUGUUGUAAAGCCUAUGUACACACAGACACACUUCCUCUCUCCUCUCUUCCCUUCGUCUCCUGUUCCCCCUCGUUCUCCCAAGAACUCUCGUGGGCUAUUGAGACGAAACAGACAACGCCGCCAACCUCAACCUCAGCCCUAAAUGUGCACUGCCUCGCAUAUUCUCAGGCCAAAGAUAGCGUUCCGACAGCAUAUUAGUCCCGUUUUGCCCCCGUUUGCUUUGGAGGAUCACCAUGUUUGUCGGCAGAGAAGGAGAUGACGUUUUGCUUCAGAGAACCAGAAAUUAGAGGCAGUCAGUGAAAGUUUUUUUUAUUGCCGUCAACCAAUCAUAGAUCGGCUAACUGAUUAUUGGCAGCUUUACUUCCUCCAGUCAACAAAAAGGGAGAAAGGGUCAGCCUCACUAUCUCAAGGGAGAUGGUGCAUCUGAACAUUGCCCCCUGUAUUGAAUACACUUGAUUAGUGAAUUAUUUGGUGCACACUUAAAGAUAGUGUACACUUAAAACAUACUGUACAUUUAAAAUAUAGUGUACACUUCAAGGAUAGUGUGUGUGUGUAAAUAUAUAUAUAUGCCCUAUUGGCAUUCCACAGCGCAGUCUUUGAUUUUUGACAUUGCCAUCGGAUGCCUCUAGGUUAAUGUAGUGUGCUUUAUAGAAGACUCCCUUACAUAGUGCCUAAGUACAUUAUACUGACCCCCGCAUAUAGUGCAUCAGUGAGCAAUCCUGUGUUACAGUAGGUGUGCUAUGAACAGAGGAUGAAGGAGCGCCCACGCGAUUACUGAAGGCCAAUGGAAACGCAACAGAACACCAGCAAUCCAUCCAUCCAUCCAUCAUGUCCGUAAAUAAACGAUAUACGCUGUCAGACAUAUAGGAGUGCCCCAGGACGUAACACAGACAAGAGUCCAGUCGGGAUGAGAGAGAGGCGCUGAAACCUCACUGCACAUGCAAAUUAGAAAACAAAAACAAAAAAAAGCAUAGAACUGAAGCACAAGAGAGAGAAACAGGAGAAGAGGGGGGGAAUCAUGGAAAGAGAGGAGGAAAUUAAGGGAGAGAGAGAGAAAUGUAAAAAAAGAAGAAAAAAAAACUGACAGGGAACUUGCAGCAUUGCACCCACGUUUGAAAUAAACUUGACAGGGAGCUCGUCUCCAACAGUGCCAGAGGAACCCACCCACCUUUCCCUUACGUUAAAAAGUAACUAGACUUAAGAAAAAAAAAAAUGACAUGGCUUAUGACAUUGUUUUGCUGUGGAUCCUGACUCUUUUUACAGUAACAACAUUCAACACUAUAUCUGCCCUAAAGAGCUCUAAGCUCCAGAACACCAAUAGGAGCUUGCUGGGGUGACGGGGAGAUAAGAUUGGAAGUUCAAGUGCCACACCCAUAAACUCAGGACUUCCUGUGUUGAAGGAACUCUUUUAGGAACCAACCAACUCUCGCGUUCACAAAGACCGCAGAGCUGCACUUAGCUAUCUACAAGCAUUUCUCCACUGUUGCCUCAACGUCAACAGCAUUUCAUCUACAAAUUGUAUUGCCUUCGUGAAUUUGUAACAGAAAUUAGUUUUUCAGGCUGCUUUUGGACCAAGUUAUACAUUUCAGGACAUUCAGUGCUAUUGAGAUACAUUUGUUUGUUAGGAAGCCGGUUGCUCUUGUGCGCAGCUGACUUAGAGAAUAACCUUUUAGUGUGAUUAGAGUGCUGAAAACAUUGCAAACAUUACAUUACAUCAGAAGUCAUUUGACAAUAAGUUACCUUUCCACAGACACUGAGACCCAGUUACCGUUGUGGGACAAGGGCCUUUUAUAUCUGAACACUGUGUAGGCAUUGGAAAGUACACAUCCUAUUUUGUAUAUUUAAAAAUUAUCUACAGUCUACCAUUAUAAACAUACACCAUCUGUAGCAUCCAGUUUAUUUAUUAUCAUAAUCUGCACCAUAUUAUUUGGUCACUCUGCUGGUGUUACAGCAUUGUAUGUGACUUGAAGGGUUCCUCGUCUUUAAAGUUGGACUGCCGACAUAGCAGAAUUCUUCGGUUAAAGCUACAAAGACUUCUGGUAACACUUUACCUGAUGGUAUCUACAGAAGAGUGACAUGACACUAACUCUAACUUGUCAUGACAAAAACCGAAUGACACUUAAUGACAGAAGCGUUGUGUCAUUAACGUUUAUAACUUGUUGAAGAUGUUUUUGACACGUUCACGACAGUGUCAUGUCACACUUCUGUAGAUACCUUCAAGUAAAGUGCAACCAUACUUCUGGACCAAUUCAUUAUUAGAAUGAGGGUAAGAAAAAUUCAGUGUUGUUGCUUGUCAUGUACUCCCUGUUUUUAUAGGUUUUCAUCUUCCUUGAUGGGUAGUUGGUAGAUGACCGAGUUCACGAUGUGUUCAGAAAUCCUAAUGUCAGUCUUGACUGUGUGGUCAGCUAGUUCUCCAUCACCAAAGCCUUCAACAAGUAUACCUUCAACCAUAAACCUUUGUUCC